GGUGCUGGUGCCCGCAGCCUCUCACUUCACGCGGGAAGGAAAAAAUAAACACACACACGACAAGCCACUUAAACUCUUGCGCGUGUGUGUGUUUACGUGUGUAUGAGUGUGUUUACGCGUCUAGUAAACAUAGGCGAGUGGUGUGUGGGAACGUAAUGAAAUCGUGUUGGCCUCGUGAUCCUUGUUAUAAGUGAAAUGUUGCAUGAGGAAAUCGGUGACAUCCUUGGACAGGGAGCAAGUCUGGAACCUGCCCCGGGGGAUUUAUCGUGAUGCGGUGAUGUGAUGUAAGAAAAAUGAGAGAUAGAGACGCGUGAAAAGAGAGAGUGCGUGGGAGUGAGAGUCACCCAAGAUAGUAACUCUCCUCUCACACUGAUUAUCGUGAUGUGAAGCGAAGCAGAUCUGGAAUAGAGAGUGGAAGGUUGGAAAAAUGUGAGAGGAGGGGAGGCGGUGAUAACAAAGAUACCGCGGAGUGAGUAAGGACUGAAUCAGCAGUACUGGCGUGGUGCUCUGGCCGACACUCACGUAGAAGGAUGUCGCUCACCACCUACUGCAGCGUCUACAGAGGGUACCAGCCUUCCUUCCUCAGUGGCGUCACCUCGCGCACCUCCGCAGGGCAUGACACCCUAGCCACCCAACAGCUAGAAGCCCCCCGGCCACCCUCGCUUCCCCCCUCCCACCCCUCAGACCCCCCGCCACGCCCCCCAGAACGCCCACCCAAAAAGCCCACGUUGCGUUCACUGUUCCACGGACCAAACCCCGACACCUCGGCUCAGAACCUCGCCGCCGCCGCCGAGCCCUCCGACAGAAUCCCUUCAGAUGUGGACCCGAGGCGCAUCGAGGACUCUGGGGGCGAGUGUCUCAACCUGUCCCCCGCCCGCCCUUACUACUACAGGAAGCCCCCGGCGCCUGACCCUCCUAAGUCACCCCCCCGCGCCCGCCUGCCCACCACAGCAGCCCACGGUAGCCACGCCCCCCUCUCCCAAGCUCUCAAGGUCACCGGCGACUCUCCCGCAUCCCUCCUCCACCCACGCCGCCCACCUGGUGCCGCCCACCAGUGCCGCAUCACGUUCGUCCACCCCUGACCUGCCGCCGCCGCCACCGCCACCGAUCCCCGACGGAGAAGUUCUCAUCAGUGAUGAGCCUCUUCCGCCGCCGCCCACAAACCUGGAGGUGGCCACGCCCAUGGAGGCGCCCCCGCUGCCCCCGGAAUCCCCGCCGAGGGAGCGGCUCCUCGGGACGCCUCCACCUGUGCCUCGGGAAAAUGGCAAAAGCCUUCCGGCCCAGCAGACCUACCAUAAGGACUCCUACAUGGCCCAUCGCAGGGACUGGAAGACAGGCUUUGAAGGUCGGUACCGACGAACUACAUCCCCUUCGGGCUCCAGCAGGAAUCUUCUCUCUUCCACCAUCCCUGCCACUACCACCACCACUAGCACUGCCCCAGCAUCCCUGCACCCUACCUCUUCCACCAUCACUGCCACCACCACCACUACAACCACCACAACCACAACUUCUUCCAGUCUCAUAGGACAAAAUGACACACCUAAUGAAAGUGAAAUUAUCACCAGUGAAAACGGAUGGGGCAAUGGUGGUUACAUGCGCAACACCUCCACAACAGUCAGUUUCACUGCAGAAGAGCUGAGAGCCUUCAAGGCACGGCGGGCACAUGCUCAGGACCUGUCUACUCACACUCCUGACAAGGAAAACACAAGUCGGAAGUUACAUUCAUCACAGUCAUCCCCUAGUCUGUCCUCAUCUGCCCUGCAAUCAGUGGCAAGUGAAGGCUCAACAUCCUCCCUGGCCAGUGGUGGGACUGUCUCCUCUCUGGGAUCUGGCCGCAGCGUGGGAUCCGUCUGCAGUGGUGGUGUGUCCCCAGUGUCUCCUAGUAAAUUAAGUCCAGCUCACUCCUGGAGGACAUCACUGGAAUCCCUCAACAGAGCCAACUCCACAACAGUUCCAUCCAGUAUCAGUAAUGGCAACAGUGGCUCCUCUUCCUCCCAUUCCCCGCGGACCAUCACCCGGGCCACUAGUCUGGCUGACCCUCUUCACUCCUCAGAAGAGGUGGGCAUGUCUGGCAGGGCAACACAGGACUCCUACCAGCUCCCCCGCACUGCCAGCAUCAAUGAGUCCCUGUCCCGUAUCACUGCCAUCAGUGACUCCCUUAGCCGUUCAACAAGUGUAGCGGACUCUCUCGCUGGCCAGUCCUUCGCCGCCGAGACUCUCAGCCAAGGCAAUAACAAUACAGAAAUGUUAUUAUUGCCUUGCCAGUCCGUUGAGCCCCCAUCACUGCCCCUGGCACCAGCCUCACCCACGUCUCCAGUGGCCCACGAUGGUCCCGUCACUGCCCGCCCAGCCACAGUUACAGAGGAAGCGACUUCACCUGUCAUGCCUUCAAUCAAGGCAGCUCAAGUGUCAUCUCUUUCUGUGGCAUCAAAGUCACCAGCAUCAUCCAAAUCUACAUCCUCCACCAUCCAUGCUCAGGCAACUCCUGCCAUUAAGUCAUCCAGUCCAGUCACAACAAGCACAUUUUCUGAAGGCAUCAACUCCAACCCUGCCACUUGCCCGUCCACAGACUCCAACUCUAACUAUGAUGUUGUUGUCCUUGGAUAUGGGCGCACUCCCUAUCCAGAGGAGCUUGAGUGUGACAGGUUAUCCAAAGACUAUGUGCCUCAGUUUCCCAUGGACAACAAACUGCGAGCCUUGUUUGCCACUGGACCAGAGCACAAGACAACUGCACAUUACAUGGAGGGAGUGUUCAGCCUGGAGCUCCGUAAAGAUUUCAUCUCCAGCAGCCAUGCCAGACAUCCCGAUCUGGUCCAGGUUGGACUGUCACAGACAGCAGCACCUAAAUCUGUCAGCAGUAUUCAGAACAACAAUGAAACCACUAAUGGAGUGGAGAUGACACAUGACAGAACACCACUACCAGCAGACUCAGCUUACUUUACCACCUCUGAAAGCAAAGCCAAGAUGUUAACCAGACUGCGAGGAAGUACUGGAAAUUUACAAGAAAGCUUGACUGAUCAACAGCUUAUGAAGAAAAAGGAGGAGCUGGUUGCAAGCAUCGGUCGUAAACUAGAAAUCCUUAGAGCUGAGCACGAGGCAAUCAAAGAUGAGAUGCGGCUUAACCACGAUUUGGGUGCAGAGGUGACAUCACGGGUAGAAGCAAUGGCAAGGCUGGCAGAGUCUGAAAAGUACAAGCUGCAUGUGGAAGAGAUUGACAAGAUCACAUCUCUGCUGCUAGGGCUUUCAGGGAGGCUGGCCAGGGCAGAGAAUGCACUGAUGAUGGUGGAAGAUAUUGAUCUAGAAGAGAAGCGAAUCCUGGAGAACAAGAGAGACAAGCUGCAUGACCAGUUGGAAGAGGCAAAGAAGCUGAAAGAAAAUAUUGACCGCAGAGCAGUACAAGUUUCAAAGGUGCUAAACAAAUAUUUAACGGAGGACCAGUAUGCAGACUAUGACCACUUCAUCAAAAUGAAAGCCAAGCUCAUUAUGGAUGCCAAGGAAAUAGAUGACAAAAUCAAGCUUGGUGAGGAACAGCAAAAGGCAUUACGGGAGACUAUAUUCAAGAAGCAGUGACUUGCGGCAUUAAAGUGAUUCCUUGCUGUGACUGUAACUGUCAUAACCUACCCUAUUUAUUUCAGUAGUUAUUUUCUCUCUCCUGGAGGCUUUGAUCAAAUAAAAUCCUAAAGGAAGUACUCAGUAAUAAUUUCAACUGCAUUCUUUAGUAUUUUUUUGGUCACAGCUUUCAGGAACAAGACACAAAUGGUAAAAGUGUAAACUGAAGCCUUCCUAUACUUCUGCUAAGUGCCUUUGUGAUUGAAUGACUAUCUCAAUGAGAGUUGAAAAGGAAAAAAAGUUAUGUAUGUAUGUAUGUGUGCAUGUGUGUAUUGUGAAAAUUUUGCUGUAAGGAAAAUUAAGAGAAAUAGGACAGUAUUUAUGAAUUGUUUUACCCUUCACGGUGCCAGAAGAAUUAAAAGCUACUAUGAUGCUCUUGCUGCUGUGUAAUGAGGAAUAUUUCCACCACAUUAGAUUUUUACUUAUACAUUAUUAACUCAAGCUGAGUCUCAGUCUUUACUAUCCACCAUAUAUUAUUGAUCCAUCUAUAUUUAACAAUGGGAAUUAUUCAAGGACAGGAUAAGUUGGGUUGAUAUGUGACUUAAACUAACCACCAUUUGCUGUAGUCGUGUGUACAAGCUGUAAAACAAUGAAGCAAGAGAAAGCUGCAACUGCAUAUUAAGUUGAAAUAAAUUUGCAUUAGUAAGAAAAAGUAAUUGUAUUGUACUUAUAAAUGCCACUGCAAAUUAAUGUUAGAGCUAUCUACAAUCCUCAUGAAAAUUUAAAUCUUAAGAUUUUAAUUUUACUUAUAAAUCAAAUUUCUAAAGUGGUGGUGCUUUUUUGUUCUCAACAUUUAGGCAAUUUAUUUCCAAUAUUUUCCAAAAAAUAUUUUUACAUAUAUAUGAUAUGAUAUAAUUUCAACACUUGUAUGUAAUGUCAUUUUAGACUAGGAAUCAGCUUUGAUAUGUUUACCGAAGCAGUGUAUGAAUUUCACUAUGCUUUGAAUACUAUAGUCAAGAAGAUAUUCCACAUCCCCACAGCAGUUAUUGGUACUUGUAAAAAAUAUAAUUAAUGGGCAUAUAAACAUUGUAAAUUCAUGUAUGUAUUCCUAUACAGAGGCUUCUCUUUCUCAUAAGUUUAUAAUGAUAUUGUCAAAUGCAGCAAAACUAAGUUUGCUAGACUAAUUUUAUGACAAAGCACAAGUCACUUUGUAUCUCAUGGAUGCAAGGUAGAAUUUGUGUAGAUAUUAUUUUGUAACAUAUAUAUACUGAAAGUUACGUUUUCUUUUUCUUUGUUUUCUCCAUCAGGAGAAUACCUCAUACCAUUUGGAAGAAAGCCAUCAUUCCAAAGGGAAAUAACAAAUUAUGCUUUAUCUUCAAGAUCUUGAUCUACCUUGAAGUAAGCAGAUCAAGUUUUCAUUCCUGAUUUUUAUACAACAUUGAGGGUUUUUGGCUUUUAUAAUAUAAUGCUUUUUUAUUAUUUUUUUUUUUCAUCAGCACAGAGCUUUUUGCCUGUAUGCCUUCCACCAGCUGUGCCCUCCGUCUUCCUCCUCUUAACACUGCUUGAGCCACGCUGUAGACAACCAAACAGUUCUCAAGGUUGUGUCACACAACCACUUGUGAUGUGGAGUAAUUCAGGGUACUGUUUGCUUGUUCCUGGUAACUAGAUGAUGAUGCCCGUCCUGGCAGCUGGUCAUUAUUACUGAGCUGUUCAUCUUUAUUUAAUGUCUUUAUGAAAGCUAAAUAUAAAAUUUCUCAUAAUUUGUGCCACACUGUAUAUAUUAGAUAUUUAUGGAUGCCAAAAGACCGUCCUGUUCCUUGAAUUAUGUAUCUACUAACUGUUCACAGACAUUAUUGGUUUUGUACUUGUAAACCUAGUUGCAAAGCAACAUUUCUGUUGUACAGUAGCGCUUGUCUAUAAUGUAUGCCAAAUCCUAUAAUUCUUCUUCUGAGAAGAAAUAAAAGUGAAUAUUAAAGA